AUGUCAUUCUCGUCAAUCCUUCGCGACACCUUGUACAGCAUUACAUCCUGCUGCUUUCCGAACCCGAGCAUUCAAAUCAACAGACAAAAGUUCAACGUCAUUCAACUACUUGGCGAAGGCGGAUAUGCUUUUGUCUACCUUGUCCGAGCACAGCCGACCAACCAGCUUUAUGCCCUAAAAAAGAUUCAAUGCCCACCUGGCGACCAAGAAGCUGUAUCGGAAGCUAUGCGAGAAGUGGAUAUGUACCGCAUGUUUCAGCAUGAGAACAUUAUCAGUGUCUUGAAUACAAGUAUCGCCAUGGAGAAGGAUGGGACCAAGACCGUUUACAUUUUCCUUCCCUAUUACAAGAGAGGCAACCUCCAAGAUAGUAUCAAUGCCAACAAUCUCAACAAGACACACUUUCCUGAAAGGGAUUUGCUUAUGUUUUUCCGCAAUCUUUGCUACGCCGUACGAGUGCUCCAUAUGUUUUGUUUGCCUCAGGUGCCAAAACGCAAUGCUGACGAUGAUGAUGACGUCCCUCACGUGCAACCUGUGAUGCCCACAUCCUCAAGUUAUUAUAAUGCAAACGGGUACCGACGCCGUGAAGAUGAUGGGUCACUUGUUCCCUAUGCACAUCGCGACCUAAAGCCCAGCAACAUCUUGAUCGCCGAUGACGGUAAGACCCCGAUCUUGACUGAUUUUGGAUCGAUCACGCGCGCUCGUAUCACGAUCAAGACUAAGAAAGACGCCAUGGUGCAGCAGGACAUGGCAGCUGAACAUACGACCAUGGCAUAUCGAGCACCUGAACUCUAUGAUGUUCGACCUGGCAAGCAUCUGGAUGAGAAAAUGGAUAUCUGGAGUUUGGGAUGUCUAUUAUAUGCAACAGCCUAUGGACAAAAUCCAUUCGAAGCAACCGUACAUCAAAUGGGUGGUUCAAUUUCCUUGGCAAUUCUCAACAACCAAUACAAGUUUCCCACUGAGAAUGAUCCUUACAGCGAUGACCUUCGACGGCUUAUCAGAUCCAUGUUGGUGACCGAUCCCAACGAGCGUGCUGAUAUACAAACGAUCAUUGAUACCCUGGAUAGAAUCUUGGAUACCACCAACACCACCGCCACCACUCAUUAG